AUGAAAUAUUCAGCUUUUAAGAAUUCUUUAAGAUUUGCUAGUAAAUUCUACCAGAAUAAUAGUUAUAAGCUAUACAUGAACAGUGUGCCGCAGUUUUCUACUUUUACAUAUGGCAAACACAUAAAAACGAGCCCAUUAACAAAUAGGCUGGACGAUUUGUUAAAAAAAAAUGCUAGCUUAAUAAGCAUAAUUAGCGUGAAUGGAUUGGAUGAUUUAAUUAUGCAGUCGUCAAAAAUUGAAUCGGUUUCAAUCGCAGACUGGUUGCUGAACCUUGUGGAAGAGUAUCAAUUAAUGCUAUCAUGUGUAAAUAUGACCACAAUACGCAGUUGGUUUUCCAUUAGGAGCAUGGGAUUGUCAACAGAACUGUCUAUAGCAAAAAAGAAAAAGCAGUGA